AUCUGAAAAGAGACCAAUUUGAUCAGUAAAUAUUAACUGUGGGUCAUCUGACCUCCUGAACCCCUUAGAUCCGCCCCUGAACACAUAACUAGUUAUAUUUACAAAAUUCAAUAACUUUUGGCAUUUUGUACACAUUACAUUGUAAUAAUACACAAAGUUAAUUGAAAUUGUAUCCAAGUAAAUACACUUAACUCGACUUAUAUUAAUUAAAUUUUAUUAUUCUUACAGGUUAUUUUUAUCAAAGAUGAGUUGGAUUUGUUUAAAAAUUUGGAAGAACGUUCAUAUCCCCGUUAUUACAAAAAGUACGGCAUCGCAUUUAGUGAUCAUUCUGUGAAAAAUUCAUUUGACCAAUUACUGAGUUCCUACUGUAAAAAAUGUCAUGAACAUCCAGAGUUUACAGAAUUUGAACAAUUAGCUACACAUAUGGAACGAAACCAUCGUCUUUAUGCUUGUCGUCUUUGUGUGAAAAAUUUAAAGAUAUUUCCAAGCCAAAUACGUUGGUAUAAGCAUGGCGAGUUAAUUAGACAUGAAGAACGUGGAGACCCCGAUAAUACAUCUCACCAGGGCCAUCCUGAAUGUCAAUUUUGUAAAGUACGUUACUUAAACAAAGAAAAGCUCGAUAAACAUCUGAAGAAAGAGCAUUCCUUUCUUGAUUGUUUCGAUGAUGAUGGUAUUCAAGACUACAUUGAUAACAAUAGCUACAACAACAGAAACAACAAUUCCGCGGUAACCUCAGGCACCAGGAGCCAAAUCCAAUCGAUCAACACACGAAAUUUACAUUUGUUUCUGCCGGUGGGACAGGACCCGCAGCCGUUGGUGGUGCCCAAGGCUCAGAAACCACCGAUGAACAGCAUCCGAAUGAAACCAGCGGAAUUCUCUAAACCGAACCAAAACAAAGACGUCAAGGUGCCUUCAGGCCGACGGUGGCCCGACCAGGCCAGGAACUUUCCACCGCUAGACGGAAACCAAAGCCAAACCCACCAGCCACAGCAGCAGCAACAAAACCUGCAAUACCCAAGGUUGGUCGCCAACAAGGAGAUGGCGGUGGCCAGUGGUUCGGGCGGUGGUAGUUGGGUGUCUGUAGUCAAGACGGGAAACGAGAGUGAGAAAAAAAAGGUUAAAAAAGGACCAGCGGCCAUCAAGAAGAAAAUAGCAGAAGCGCCCAAGUUUCCAGGCCCAUCGGACUUUCCAAAUUUGAACAAAAAAAAAAAACCGUCCAAGAGCAACUUGGCAAAGUUGGGCGGCAAUAAGAAGAAAUCGGAAAACUCGAAGAAAAUCGGGCCAGCAGAAAUCAACGUCAACAGCAGUGGCAGUGGUACUGUUCAAAACGGGAAAAAGAACCUUCCAACCGUGGACAGCAACAGCAGUAAUAGGAAAAUCUGCAACAAGCCCAAUAUGAAAACCGUCGACGCGGUGCAGAUGUGCAACGGCGAAAUCAGGACGGCUACUUCAACGAAUAAUAAGGGGGUCGCCGGCAAGACCGAAGUAAUAAAGCCCGCCACCGCAGCCCCGGUAGAAGAGCCGAAGAGAGGGCAGUCCAAGAAGAAAGAGUCUGCUGCGAUCGGUCGAACAGCAGCUCGACCCGACGAAAAACCCGUGUCGGACGUCAAUAACCCAAAGGACAAGAAGAAGAGAAAAAAUAACAUAAAUCGAGGAGAAAAACAACAACAACAACAACGACCUACCGCAACCAACCACCAUUAUCAGGAAAAUCAUCACCAGCCACUACUGCAGAACAAUUAUAUCCAAACGGCGACGCCAAACAUACCGCCGGGCCUCGAGAACGCGUACCGGCAGCAGCCACAACAACAGGUCAGAGUCCCUCCCGGGCUGUUUAGUAAUCUUGGAUCGUGUCCCGCAGCACAGAACCAUGGCCGGAUCAUUGCACCGCCCGAUCUGUUGUUCGAUGACUUGCUACCGGUCGUCUCGCCCGCCCGGAAAAAAAUGUUCAUCAACAACCUGAUGGCCGCACUCACGCCUCCCCGCGGCAUACGUUUUGGAGCUUUCAGUAAGUUCAAAAUGAUGUCAACGCUGUACCGCAAACAUCACAUUACCGGGUUAGAUUAUUACUCGUACUGUGUCGACGUACUGAACCCGGACAGCUUCGAUUCCGUAUUCCAGGAACUCUUGUUGUUGUUUCCCGACAACCAAAGGCAGCGGGAAUUACUGUUCAUCUACAAAAUGAAUAGCAGCCACGAAAUUGACAUAGAAGUGUGCAGAGAGUGUGCCCUAGUGUUCAGGACUAGUGACUUGGAAUCACAACAGUCCGUUCGCAGUUCGACUGAGCACAUUUGA